UUUCUUUCUUCUGAGUGUCAUGCAGCAACCGUACUCAUCACAGCAGCAGCCUUAUCCGCCACCAUCUCCUUCUCAGAGUCCAUACUAUCCGCCUCCUCCGCAAUCGCAAAACGGUUAUUAUCCGCCACCGCCUCAAGCACAAUCCUAUUCACCACAAAAGUCGUACUCACAACCACCGUCGUACGCGCAACAGCCCAAUCCGUAUUCGCAACAGCAAGCUCCGUCCGGACCUUAUGCAUCGAAUCCACAAACAGCCGAGGAUGGCGGUGCAGGCAAGGUCCGUCCAUCAAGCGGGUAUAAAGACGUGUGGGCCGCUAUACUGUGGCUGUGCAACUUGGGCGGCUUCAUCGCGCUUUCCGUCAUUGGAUUAGGCGUUUAUCACGGCCGCACCGGUUCGUUUGGCGGGACACCGUCGGCUACCACGUAUUCAGGCCUCACAUUCGAUACUAGCACGUUGGCCAUCUUUGGAUUUGCCGCGAUUGUUGGCUUUGGUAUCAGUUUUCUCUAUCUCAUGCUUGCCAACAUAUUUCCAAAACCAUUGAUUUACAUCACGCUCAUCGGCAGCAUCAUUGUUUACUUUGGUGUCACCAUUUACUAUUUCACGCAACACUAUUACUCCGCUGCCAUUGUGUUUCUGAUAUUUUCAUGCCUGUAUUUGUGUACGUUCUGGUGGUGGAGAAGCCGAAUACCAUUUGCCACAGUCAUGCUACAGACGAUCACAUCCAUUACCCGUCGAUAUCCUAGCACCAUUAUUGUCGGCCUCAUUUCGCUUAUUGUCCAAACCGCAUUCAGUAUUUGGUUUGCUCUCACUGUGAUUGGCGUGUACGAGGCAUACUACAGUACCAGUUCCAACAAUGCACGUCUCAACGUGGCCAUGGUGUUCCUUGUGUUUUCUUUUUACUGGACAUCCCAAGUCAUUACCUAUGUCACGCAUGUCAUUCUCGCCGGUAUCUUUGCGACAGUUUACUUUUUGGAUAAUUCCGUGAAACACCCAAUCUGGGGAAGUACACGACGCGCUCUAACCACCAGUUUUGGAUCCAUUUGCUUCGGCGCUCUGAUUAUUGCGUUUGUGAACUUUGUCCGAUACUUCCUCAGUGUGGCGCGUGCCAACACGGACAGUCCCAUCCUAGGGUUCUUAAUCUGCAUUGUGCAAUGCAUUGUGGGAUGUUUCCAAGGAUUACUCGAAUGGUUUACGUAUUAUGCUUUUAGCGGUGUGGCUAUUUAUGGCAUGGGAUUCAUUCCCUCGGCAAAGAAUACGUGGCGCAUGAUCAAAGAUCGCGGUAUUGAAGCCAUGAUUAACGACAACUUGAUCGGCAAUGUCCUGUUUAUGGGUAAGAUUAUCUGCUUUUAUCAACGAUUUACAAGGAUACUGACUACGGUGAUGCGAUAUGGUGUGAUAUGUUUUCAAGGUGGAUUACUUGUUGGCGUUUUGUGCUCGCUGUUAGGCUUCAUCUAUCUGAAAGCCGCCAAUCCUGCGUACAACCAAGGAGGUGGUAUGACCCCCGUGGUUGUUUUGGUAUGCUUUUUAUUGGGAUCUUCCAUGUUUUCAUCCAUUGCUACCGUGAUUUCCAGCGGUGUGGCCACCACUUUCUUAUGUUUGGCUGAAGAUCCUGAUGCUUUGCGACGAUCCAAGCCUAUGCUGUACGAAAAGAUUCGCGAAACAUGGCCUCGCGUUGUCCAAGGUGUCUAAAGCAUGCUGUCUAUAUAAUUUCCCCCUAAUCAUUCUUUCGUUAUUUGUCUCCACAACAAAAACUACUAUUACAUUAAUCGCUAGUCGACUAAUAACUUCAAAAUUCCAAGUAACAUGUUGAAUUUUAAAGCCUG